GGCCCUGGACUGAUCCUCUGGAGGACUGGAAUUGGUUACUGUCCCCCACCACAGGCCUUUUCCACCGCCAUGGGGCAACCUGGAAACACUUUUGCUCUGAGGGCUCCAACACCACGUCACGUUGCUACGCACCAGGGCCGUCACAUCCUUCCUGCCCAUGGUACUGGCCGUGCCUCUGAACCGUCCCCUCCCAACAGCCCAUCCAUCCUUCAAGCGUGGCAGACGGCUGCCAAGCUUUGCACGGACUAUUUCGGGUGGGUUCCAGAUGAGAUCGAGGUUCACAGUGAGGAAGCCACCUUAGCUGAUGCUCUGUUGGAAGGUCGCCUGCGCGUGAUCAGCGAUGGAUCCUUCAAGAACGAGUUAGGAACCGUGGCGGUUCAAAUCCUGGUGAAGCAUGGAGGAUGCCAUCGAAUCAUCAUCCGGUGUCAGACUCCCGGUUUGCCCCAGGACCAAAGUCCAUACCGCAGUGAACUCAUUGGUCUGUUGGCCGGUAUAAUGGCGGUUGAUUGGCUCCUUGAGCAAUGGUUCCCAAACAUUUUGACUGGCCCCGAGGUUGCUUGCGAUGGCCUCUCUGCUAUUGAGAUGGCUUUCGAAGAUCGUCCACUGUCUCCAACUGAUGCCCAGUUUGACUUGGUGUCGUCCAUUUGGGAAGCUAAAUGUCAAAAAUUUCUUGUUCUGAAAAGCGGUCCCGCGGUUUUGAUUGAAAGGUUUUAUUCAAUCGUCUAA